UGGGAAGAUGCCUGAAGUGGACUAUGUGGUUCUGUCGGAAUGGUUUGACUGGAUUGUGAGGAACAUCGACGUGUCCAUCGACUUGAUAGUUUAUCUCCAGACCACUCCUGAGACCUGUUACCAGCGGCUAAAGAUGAGAUGCAGGGAAGAGGAGAAGGUCAUUCCACUGGAAUACCUGGAUGCUAUUCACCACCUGUAUGAGGAGUGGCUCAUCAAAGGGAGCCUUUUCCCCGUGGCAGCCCCUGUUCUGGUGAUUGAGGCCGACCACGACAUGGAGAAAAUGUUAGAACUCUUUGAACAAAACCGGCACCGAAUACUAAUUCCAGAGGAUCGGAAGCUUGGUCCAUAGGACGGGGAAGAUCAUGCCAGAGAAACGCCCGCUGAAGCCAAGUUAGCUCUCACGAGCAGUUUGGAACAAUCCACUCUCGGGAGGACUUUCUGUCUGGGCACAUUUGUCUUCCUAAUGGUCUUCUCUCCUUUGCCAGUGUCUUUGUCCUGGGAUUCUGGCCCUCGUGGGUAAAUGACAUGAUGGGACCAAUGGGUUUGUCGCGGCCCUUUGGUGUCGCAGCCUUGCAUUCCCCCAGUGCUUAUCCCGGUGGUUUCCCACCUCUGGAUCCCUCUAAGUUAGGGAAGAGCCACCUGACUGACACUGGGCUCAUGGCCUCUAGCCCUUCAGACCAUCUUCGAGGGUGAGGUAGUGGUCUUACAUCCCAGGGGAGGAAGUUGAAUCUCAGACAGGCUAAGGGACUCCCCGGGGUCACACAGCCAGUGACAGUGGAGUCAGCACCAUUCAGACUUCUGGUGACCCCCAAACGAUCAAUCUCUUGCCCCAGGCUGCCUCAUCCCAAGAGCCCUGCCUUCCCUGCUGGAGAACCCCACAUGUGCGUGGCAGUGUGUGUGUGGGGGGGUAGCAGGGGCAGCGGUGCAUGCAGCCAGCAUCAUCAUUUUCUCCUGAUUUGAGCAGCUCCUGAGGACAGUUAGCAUUUCUAGACUUUCACAAAAUUGUGCGGUAUCUGGCUCGAGCCCAGCGUUCAGUGGUUCAGUAGCAUGAGGCUGAUGUGGUACUUACCGCCUCGUCAUCGGGACUUCCCCCUCCUUAGGAGAAUCAUGGUUUGGCUCCUGAAUGGUGCUCAGUCUCCUUGGUGACGAAGGUCCUGCUUGAGCUGCUGCCGAUUCCCCAGCUGGGCAGUCGGUGGCCUGUGGCGCCAGGCUGGUGUGCCCAGUGCUUUGCUGGGCAAGGGGCUGCCAGCCUGGCUUCUGAGGCUCCCUUCCUCCAUAGUGGCCUUGUGUGAGGAGCUUCACCCUUGGAAUUCCUGGGAGUUUGUGACCCAGGGGAGAGAUACAGUGGCCUUAUGUCUUUUUGAAAUGUUUUUCCAUCCAAAGGGACACCAUGGGCCCUAGGGUAUGAACCAUUUUUAUUAGUUCAGAGAAUAUCUUAGCUCCGCUCAGCUGUAACAAUGCACUGAAGGCACGGCUGUCUCCUGAGUCAAGUAGGAAGCAAGAGAAAGGAAGAACAUUCUCUUCAGGGACAGUCUGGGCAGGAAAGUUGGGGCUGGCAAGCAAAGGCUCUUGGAACACUGGAGCUCCUGAAUUUUGGAGGUGGGUGGAGAGAGCUUCCAGAGGGCUGUUUGCAGACAUGGGGAAGGAUUGAUUAUGAACUUGGGGAAACAGGCCUUGGCCUCUCCUGAGUGGUGGUUGGUGUACCUGAAGGUUGGAAGGCCUCGUCCCAGCCUCUGUGUGAGUGUGGCACCUGUGCACGCAAUUCUCUGACGCUACGUAGGUGAGAGGUGCCCCUGGUGGCCCGGGCCCAGAGGCAGCACUAGGAGGGCAGCAUUCUGGCUUCUGGCCCUUUCUGGCUGGACUGACUCCUGGGCCGUGUGGACAGGGUGAGGGCGGCAGUCCGGUGGGGAUGUGUCUCUCAGCCCAGAUGUUGGUGAUGGACCAGAAACCUGGGGGAGGCACCGCCUCUGCUUCCAGGCAUCUGGACAUACCGGGAUCAUCUUUGGGCCUUUGCAAACAAACAGUCCAGUUUCCCCUCAAUUUGAGCAUCUGUUUUGGGGGAAAUGUGAUUUAAAAAAAAAAAAAGUCUUGCUCUGUGAUAGCCAAUAAAUCCUUCACUUAAAACCUGGUGAUAAUUUUGGAGUGCUUCCUAUGCCAGUGAUUUUAGGUCCCUGCAGCAUCCUUGUACCAGCAGGGUAAUGUUUUAAUUUUUAAACACCGUGUUCCUAACGGGUUGUCCGGGUCCAUAAGAGCUCUCUGUCCUCCCACCCCGGCAUCUUGGAGAGGAUGCUAUAUGUACCCACAGUGGCUGGGGCUUGUUGCAAAAAUCUCCCGGCCCAGAGAUGUCACAGGAAAUGGCUGGAGCCCAGCCUACCAAGGGUUGCUGUCCUCCAUGUGGCGGGCAGGGCUGGUGGUGGCAGGGGUCACAGAGUAGUUAUGAACACUGCUGAGAACCAGGGCAGGGAAAGGGCAGAUGGCACGUGGUAGGCACGGGGCCCAGUUCCUCGAGCAGAGGGAGGCACUCCCCAGGGACUCCCAGGAAUGGCUGUGAGGAGCAUGGCAGGGCUUGGCAGGCCCUUGCUAAACGUGGACGCUGGGAAGUGCUGUCACCCAGCUUGUUUUUCCCUUUCUUUUUCUCUUCCUGCCUCUUUUCUUCUUUUCCACCUGAGCCCCUCACCUAGAUGAGAAGUGCCCCCCCCUGCCUGGGGAAUGCAUCAGUCAGAGACCCUUCCUGGGACUCCCGCAGGCUCCCACCAUCUGACCUGAGGAAGGAAGGAUUGAGGUAUUUAUUGCUCUGAGAGCAGGUAGGAGAUGUUUCCAAAACCUGUCUACCCCUGGGUGCUAUGGAAUCUGCAUUGCGCUCGUUUUCCUAGAGCCUGGGGCCGGAUGGGGGAGCUCACUUCAAAUGCUCACACAUCUGCGGAAUGAGUAACCUCAUCCCCUUGGCCUCUUCACCCUGAAGAGUUACAGUUAUUAAAAUAAUUGACAAGCUCUUGGAGACAUCAGCCCUCCACUGUUGAGAAUCUAAUAACAAUAAUAUUGUGCCCAGUGUCUCUGGGCUCUGGCAGUGGAUUACUUAUUUACCAGAGGCCCCAGGGUCACUGGCACAUGCUUUCUUUUCCUAGUAACCCCAACCCUGUGGCUCCCCUAAGGCUGGGUUGAGCUCUGUGUUCCUCUAGUUUCUGUAAGGUGGUGAACUUGGCAAAAGCUGUCAUUAAACAGAAGCUAGGAGAAAGCCAAGCUUGUGGAAUCAGAAUGGGUAUUGGCAUUUACUGCUCUUUUCUUGAAUUUCUGCAUUUUUUGGCUUUUUCUUCUCCAAGACUGGGGUCCGUGGAACACAGGUGUCCUGUGAGAUAGUAAUAGGUGCUCUGAGAAAAGAGGGUUCCGUAGUCCAGAAUAUUUGGGAAAUGCCACCUGGGUACUCUCUCUGAGAUGCACAGGGUACAUUAGCCUAGAUAAAGUCAAGAAGUCCUGCAAAAAAAACACCUUCUAAACUUUGUUUUAGCCAGGGACUCUCAAACUCACUUAGUGACAGUAGAGCCUCCCAUUUGGGGAAUAUACAUUAACAAUCUUCAGAUGUGCUAAUGUUCCUUGGAACACACAUUGGGAAGCACUGUUUUAGGGGGCCUGCAGCUGCUGAUGACUCCUGGUUCUGUGUCCUUUGGGAUGCUCUAGCUCAUGGUUCUCUAACUUCAGAGCAUCUGAGUCCUCCGGUGGGCGUGUUAAAACAUGGACUGCAGGGCCUACCCCCAGAGUUUCUAAUUCAGUAGAUCUGGGAUGGGCCUGAGAAUUUGUUUUCUAAUGACUUUCUAGGUGAUGAUGAGUCUGCUUGUCCAGGAACCACCCUUUGGGGACCACUUCUCUUAGCUUGAUGUUUUCUAGAAGUGGACAUCCAGGAGUUCCAAGAAAACUUGGCAUGUUGUUGAACCCCUCUUAAGGUGGAGUAGGACGUAGGGGGAACGGAAGAUGGAAUACAAACAGAUGAAUCACAAGUAACAACCACACUGAAGGUGCUGGGAAGAAAAGAACUUACUGAAGUAACCUUGGAAAACAGUAUCUUGAUUGGAUACAAGAAGAGUAAAGGUGCCUUGAGGAUGCUGAGGGAAACUGCUAUUCAGAGAUGCAGGGUGACUCUCCCAAGGUCACACGCUGAGCUGGGAUGUGAAGGGGACAGGAAGCCCCCCUGAGGUCGCCACUAUGCACACCUCACCUCAUUAACUCUUCUCAGCCUCCUGUGAGGUAGAUCUGACACCACACCCACUUUGAGAUG